AAGUUGAUGAAAAAACAAUCAUGAAUCAUAAAAAAAAAAAGUGAAUAGUUGCAUAAUCAUUUUUUUUUGUUGCAAAAAGUUACAAAAUUAUGUUACAUAAUUUUUCAAAGUUGUAAAAUUAUAUUACAGAAAUUAUGUUACAGAUUUUUUAAAGUGACAUAUAUGUAUGAACGAUGAAUAACUAGUAUGCAAUCUUUCUCUCUCUACACUUUCUAUCUCCACAACACCACAACCAAACCCAAAAAACAUGGCUCUUCAACUAUGGUCAACCCUCAAAGAAGCCAUAGUUGUUUACACUGGUCUUUCUCCAACAACCUUUUUCACUGUCCUAGUAAUUCUCUUCACCCUUUACUACAUCAUCACAAGUCUCUUUGGUUCCUCAGACACACACCAAAGCCAUGGAAGUUCAAGAAACCUUGAUGCUGAAAUGGAACCUCUUAAACCACCUGUUCAGAUCGGUGAAGUUACUGAAGAAGAACUUAAGGAUUAUGAUGGUAAUAACCCUGAAAAGCCACUUCUUAUGGCUAUUAAGGGUCAGAUCUAUGAUGUUUCACAAAGCAGGAUGUUUUAUGGACCCGGUGGACCUUACGCUUUAUUCGCUGGUAAGGAUGCUAGCCGAGCCUUAGCAAAGAUGUCGUUCGAAGAGAAAGAUCUAACCGGAGACAUAUCUGGUCUUGGCCCAUUUGAGCUUGAGGCUUUACAAGAUUGGGAAUACAAGUUUAUGGGAAAGUAUGUUAAGGUCGGAACUAUCAAAAAGACGGAUCCGGUAACUGAACCAGAAUCCACAGGAGAGCCUUCAGAAUCAACUUCUCGUGAUGUUGACGCUUCCAUUCCUCAUGAAAACAACCAUGAUGCUGCUGAAGCCUCUAAGCCUCAUGAAAACACACCUUCAGAAACUGCAGCUGUUAUAACCGAUGAAACUCCUUCAAAUGUCAAUGCAGAUAAUAAAGAGGAAUAAUAAGUAGGUUUAAUAAUAAUUCUACUCAAAUAAUGGAAACAAAUACAUAGGAGCUUCUAAUAGAGAUUGAUCCUUUGUGAGUGUGUAUUUAACAUAUAGGCCAACCCUUUUGCACUUGAACUUGGCUUAAAAUGUUUAGUUUUAUUAAAGAAAAGAAUUUGUAGUGUUUAAGUUAAGCUCUUUUGGAUUUGAACUUCCUCUUGUAUUCUAUUCUACAAGAUAUAUGUUACUUAAGAGAUUACAUGCAA